CAGCAGCUAACGGGCAGCAGGAGCCGAGCGAGCGGAGUCAACACGGAGAUGCUCUAAACACCCUGUGUUCGUACGACUUGUAGAGGCUUUAGCGACACUUUAAACGCUCGUCAGUAAGUCACCUCUUCUGUGUUACUGCUCGUUAGGUUUUAGAUGUUGCCGGGGCGCAUGGAGUCUGCGUUGAAAAGGUCGGUUAGGUGUUUUGCGGACAAGAGAUCAUCCAGCUAGAGAGGCUCGGUGCUGCUGCCCACUCUGCUAACGGACGGACGGACGGACGCACGGACGGGCGCACGGACGGACAGUCGGUCACUGGUAUUGACCUAAACGAUGGGCCUCAUAUUCGCCAAACUGUGGAGCUUCUUCUGUAACCAAGAGCACAAAGUGAUAAUUGUUGGACUAGACAACGCAGGGAAAACCACUAUACUCUACCAGUUUCUGAUGAACGAGGUGGUCCAUACGUCUCCCACCAUCGGAAGUAAUGUUGAAGAAAUAGUGGUGAAGAACACACACUUCCUGAUGUGGGAUAUAGGAGGGCAGGAGUCGCUCAGAUCCUCCUGGAACACCUACUACUCAAAUACAGAGUUCAUCAUCCUGGUGGUGGACAGCACAGACAGAGAGAGGCUGGCCAUCUCUAAAGAGGAGCUCUACAGGAUGUUGGCUCAUGAGGACCUGCGGAAAGCAGCUGUGUUGAUAUUCGCCAACAAGCAGGAUAUGAAGGACUGUAUGUCUGCAGCGGAGAUCUCCAAAUACCUCACCCUGAGCUCCAUCAAAGACCACCCCUGGCACAUACAGUCCUGCUGCGCACUUACAGGAGAGGGUUUAUGCCAAGGUCUUGAAUGGAUGACCUCCAGAGCUGGGCUCAGAUAGCCCCUCCCUCAGCCGUUGAUGGCCUGACUACCUGCACCACCCACACGGUGGCAAAACAGCUGGCUUAUUGUUACUUUUUCAUUUUUCUUUUUUUAAUGACAAAGUUGGACUUUGACCUCUGCAGACGGCACAGUACGGCCGCACCGGUGCGUCUAAUUGUUACAGUGGAGCCGAUGCUUCUCCCUGACCAGAACUUAUGAACUGACCUGGUUAUGGAACGAGAAGUUGUUUUUUUUUCCAGUAAUGGAGGAGAGGACGAUUAUUUCAGUCCUGAGGCCGUCCAGUUGCAAGACAGGGCUGCACUGGACACUGAUCAUUUACACUACAUACAUAUCAUGUUACAUUACACCAUAUCAUUUCAGAGUAUGCCAUAAACGUCACAUGGAUGGGAAAAUUCAAUGCAGCUCAAUUAUUCUUUAUGCCUCUGUACAAGUUUGUUCACGUUCAGGUAAAUUUUAGCAGGACAAACAAAGGGAUUACAGCAGUAUCACAAAACUAUUUGAUGGUGAUGGUGGCACCAAGUUUUGCACAGAGCUCAUUGGGAGUUUUACACUAUAAUGUUCUCAUGAUGAUUUUUUUUUUUUCAUUCUCAAUAUCUGUUACAUGUCAUUUCAGUUUCAUAAGCUACAGUUUUUGGUGCCGUAUUGAAAUGUGGUGAAAUUUUAAAUCAUCUUUUUUUUUUUCAUUUAAUUAACUUUGAGCCUGUACUUGUAUGUUAUUAAGCCAAAUUGUCUCAAUUCAAAGUGUUGGCAUGCAGAGUUUUUCCUUAAUCUAACCUUUGGAACAAAUUAUCUCAGCUAUUUAAUUAAUUUAGAAAACCCACGAAAUGGCUGAAACAUGACUUCAAAUGCAAGUACAAAGCUCUGUUUUAACAACAGUAUUUUAAAUUUAAACAGCUGUGUCACUGAUGCAUUAUGUUUUUUUAAAUUUAAUUUUAUUCUUUUGCUUUUAUAGACAGCUUUGUUUUGUUGCUCAUUGCAGGUAAGCAUCUAGACCUGUUUUGAUGAUCAUUGGUGCUCCACAAAUGUGUGUGACCUAUCCACUGCAUCCUAACAGAAACAUUUCUUUAAUUUUCUGCCGCCAUUUUGGCACAUAGUCCUCUUAAAACGUUUUGUACUUUUUAACCAAGUGAUCAGAAUAAUCCGCCAUCGAAUAGGUGCCACACAUUUAUGAGAAGUCAUUGCUCUUUAACCACUUUGACUUGAGUGUUCAGUGGUUUAGUAGCAUUAAGAUCUUAAAUCAAUAUUUUGGCCAUCGUAUAGUUACAAUGCUUGAUCCUCAGCCUUAACUAAGCUGUUGUGAAUGUCUGGAGGACUGUGUAUGAAUCUGACAGCCUACUCAUGAUUUUUUUACCCACGUUUCCCUCUUCAACGCGGUAUAAGAAUUCCUUGAACUUGCUAACAGAUCUAUGCACGUGUCACUUUGAAACCAAGUUCCAUAGUGGCCAAAAGGGAAGAGGUGAACUGUGCAGCCCCCAGACUCUUUGCAGCAUUAAGGUUUACAAAGUAUUUACCUUGAUCUCACAAAGCAAGGGAACUGAUCUUAUACUGUCAGUGUGGUGGUGUAUAGUCUGGGUCAUGUACUGUAUUUCUGUUUUGUUUUCAAUAAAAGUUUGUUUUGAA